GUCUCAUUUUAUUAACGGGUCGAUGGAUCAUUAUGCGGCCAUGGGUCACGCGGCUCCAUCGUGUUCGGAUAUGAUUGAUCUCAAUCUUGCUGCUCCAGAAGAGGACCAGGAUUGAAUGGUCAACGACUCAACGAUUGAGUGGUCAACUGGACAGGAAGAUUACAACAGAUUGAGACCUCUGAGUUAUCGCGGUGCAGAUGUUUUUAUACUCGCGUUUUCACUAAUUAGCAAGGCCAACUAUGAAGAUAUCACUAAAAAGUGGAUUCCUGAAUUGAGGCAUUACGCACCCGGAGUUCCAAUAAUCCUUGUUGGAGCAAAGCUAGAUCUUCAUGAUGAUAAGCAGUUUUUAACGGACCAUCCCGGUGCAGUUCCAAUUACAACGGCUCAGGGAGAGGAGUUGAGGAAGCUAAUCGGUGCUCCUGCUUACAUUGAGUGUAGCUCAAAAACACAGCAGGUGACAUUUCAAGUGCUGGUUUUGAAAAGACAAAUAUUUGUACAAUUGAUUGUAAUAUGGUCAUCAUAUUUUAAGUGAAG